AUGGCUGUACAACUUCGAACCAAGUACACUAUAAUCCCCAUCACCAAUAACACCCCAAGAAGUCACCGUCCGUCGCUUUCUCGUCUACGUGCCAUAUGCUCGGUUAAUUCCACCGCCGCCAAGCCUCGUCCUAACCGUGAGAAGCUUGUGGUGGUUGUGAAUCCUCUUCUGUCCAAUGACCCAACUCUGCAAUCGACAUGGACCCACCGCUUUUGGGUUUCAGCGGGCUGCACCUCCGUGUUUGCUUCUUUAGCUAAAUCUGUUGUUGCAGGGUUUGCUUCUCAUCUCUGGCUCGAACCAGCUUUAGCCGGUUUUGUCGGAUACAUAUUAGCAGAUCUAGUCUCUGGUGUGUACCACUGGGCCAGCGAUAACUACGGUGAUGAGUCAACGCCUCUAGUAGGAACGCUAAUCGAAGAUUCUCAAAGUCACCACAAGUGGCCUUGUACAAUCACCAGACGUCAAUUUGCAAACAAUCUACACUUUCUGGCUCGUGGCGUAACCUUGACAGUUCUCCCACUAGACCUUGCGUUUAAUGACCAUGUGGUUCAUGGCUUUGUAAGCACGUUUGCGUUUUGCGUACUCUUCUGCCAGCAAUUCCACGCUUGGGCUCAUGGAACCAAGAGCAAGCUUCCACCUCUCGUGGUGGCGUUGCAAGACAUGGGGCUGCUCGUGUCACGGACGCAUCACGUGAAACAUCACCGAGCACCGUAUAGCAACAACUACUGCGUAGUGAGUGGAGUGUGGAACAAGGCUUUGGAUGAAAACAACGUCUUUGAGGCGAUGGAGAUGGUGUUGUAUUUCCAGCUCGGGGUGAGGCCGAGAUCAUGGACUGAUCCCAUUCUCUGA